AUGGGUGAUGCAUCAGCUCCUUCGCAAAGUGGGUUGAAUACUCUAUCAACCAAAACAAAAGGAAGAGGUUGCACCAGGAUGAAAAAGUUGCAACUUUUGACUGCACGGGAUGAGAGAAUACCAAUUGAUUUCAAUUCAGAUGGACAUCCUAUAGGGGAACUUGCAAAAGAUUUCAAGUAUCAUGUUGCUUGUCUCACUCGAGAGAAAAUCAGUAUUCUGAUUGAUGAAUGUGAUAAGGUUGGUAGUGAAGACAGGAAAGAAAUUUGGAAAGGACUUGAGCAAAUAUGGGACAUUUCUAAAAAUGAUGUUGUUGAUAAGAAAACGAUGGUAUAUGCGGGUGAGCAUUGGAGGUCCUUUAAAAACAACUUAACAAGUAGAUAUUUAAAUAAUGGAAUUAAGAGUGUAGUGUCUCCCACUGAUGAUUACCCUUAUAUUGAUGAAGAAACUUGGAAGGGUUUUGUUAAAUCGCGAGAGGACCCUUCCUUUCUGGAGAAAAGAAAGAAGGGACAAGAGACUCAGUCUUAUAAUAAUUAUUCAUUGCAUAUAUAA